UUCCGUGAUAGAAUUUAUAGCAAUGGAACAGACAUCGAUGCUGGAUUUGCUAGCACUAGAAGACGACAAUGUCCUCAAGAAGAUCAAAAUGGAAACCUAGCUCCACUUGAUUUGGUAACACCUAAUCAAUUGGAUAACAACUACUUCAAGAAUUUGAGGCAAAGAAAAGGCCUUCUUCAAUCGGAUCAAGUUCUUUUGAGUGGAGGAUCUACCGAUGAUAUUGUUUUAGAAUAUAGCAAUAGCCCUCGAGCAUUUGCCUCUGAUUUUGCUGCAGCCAUGAUUAAAAUGGGAGAUAUUAGUCCUCUAACUGGUCAAAAUGGGAUCAUAAGAACGGUUUGUGGAGCUAUAAAUUGAUUUUUCAAAAGCCUAUUAUUAGUUGUAUAAUCGCUAAUUCAUUUGAUUUUUUUUCUUUAUAUAUUGUAUUGUUUCAAGAAUGAAAUAAAUCUUCGUUGUGAAAUAAAAUGUUUGGCUCCAUUUCUAAUA